CGCAGUUCUCCGUUCACCUGAGAUACCUGUGCCCUCCCCCUCCCCCGCCCCCUCCCCCCGUAUUUGUACACACAACGCCCCCUUCCCUCCGCCUUUGGUAGGACAGAAAACCCGCCUGCGACAAGGUUAUCUUGUUAUUUCCACCUGUCACGUCCCGACAGCGCGUGCCUUGGCGUGUUUCGGGCUAAAGUAGGAACGUGAGGUCGCUUGUCAAUUUUACACGCCACUGGCGCGAGAUUCUCGUAUAGCAGGAUGAAGAGGCUCCCGGUGCUGUGGCUGCUCCUCUGGAUCUGCGCGGUGUACUCCGUGGGCAUCUACCUUUUCGUCGGUGGCUUCCUGCUGGUGAGGCUGGAGGUGAACAGGACCAGCACCUGCGGGGACGUGCUGCAGCCCGGAGAGGAGUCGGCCGACUUCUGCCGCGUGCGGCCGCGCUUCCGCCGCGCCGUCCUCCUCAUCAUCGACGCCCUCAAGAUCGACUUCGCCUGGUUCGACCCGGACAACGCCGCGCCGCGACCUUACGAGAACAAGCUGCCGGUGCUGGAGGAGACCGUCGCGUCCAGGCCCGCACACAGCCGCUUGUACCCGUUCCGCGCGGACCCGCCCACGACCACCAUGCAGAGGAUCAAGGGCUUCACCACCGGCUCUCUGCCCACCUUUGUGGACGUGGGCAAUAACUUCGCGUCCAGUGCCAUCCUGGAGGACAACCUCAUCCACCAGUUCGGGCAAGUGGGCAAACGCGUGGUGUUCAUGGGCGACGAUACCUGGGAGAACCUUUUCCCAAAGAAGUUCCACCGCUCUCUGCCCUUCCCCUCCUUCAACGUCAAGGACCUGCACACGGUCGACAACGGCAUCCUCCAGCACCUCUACACCACCAUGGUGGGGGACGAUUGGGACAUCCUGGUUGCCCAUUUCCUCGGAGUAGACCACUGCGGUCACAGGUUCGGUCCCGACCACCCGGCCAUGGCCGACAAGCUCACCCAGAUGGACGGGGUCAUCAGGUCUGUGAUCGACCGGCUGCAGAACGACACCCUGCUGGUGGUGAUGGGUGACCACGGGAUGACGGACACCGGGGAUCACGGCGGAGAGAGUCAAAAGGAGACGGACGCGGCCAUCUUCCUCUACAGUCCCUCCCCCCUGUUCUCCACGCCGCCGUCCCAGAACGAGCCAGACGUCGUGCCCCAGACGGACCUGGUGCCCACCCUGGCUCUGCUGCUGGGGGUUCCCAUCCCGUACAGCAGUGUGGGGCAGGUGCUCCUGCCGGUGUUCGCUCCCCACGGGCAGACAGAAGGUGCAGUUGGAGGUCUCAGCCAGCUGGAGGCGCUGUGGAUCAAUGCCAAACAGGUCAACCGUUUCCUGGAGACGUACUCCAGCAUGGCCAAAGACAUCCCCCCCGAGAGCGUCUCUCAGCUGAAGGCCGAGUUCUCCCGCCUCUCCUCCGAGUACCUCGCCACGGUCCGACAGGGCCGGCCCCCCUCCCCGCAGCUGGCCGCCUCGCUGCAGGCCUACCUCACCUCCGUCAGGGACACCUGCCGAGCCACCUGGGCUCGGUUCAACCCGCUCAAGAUGGCCGCGGGCCUCGUCAUCCUGGCGCUCGCCUGCCUGGCGUGUCUCGUCCUGUCCGAGCUGUCCCACGCGCUGCUCAGGGAGGACGGCCCCGGACUGAGGGGCCCCGUUGCCGCGGCGCUGGCGGCGGCGGUGUGCGCCGCCGCCGCCCAGUUGAGCUGGCGGGGCCGCGUGGAGGCGGCGUGGUGUCUGGCCGCCGCCGCCUUCAGCUCGGAGCUCCUCUUCCUCUGGCGAGCUCGCCGAUGCGGAACGGCCGGCGCGGAAAAGAGCUGGUCGGUCGGCGCCGGCCGGCCGACCCUGCGGCGCCUCCUCGCCCCCCACCUCCUGGUGCCGCUCCUCCGCUGCGCCUCGCUGCUCUCCGACAGCUACGUGGUCGCAGAGGGGCGCGCCGUGACCUUCCUGCUGUUCUCCCUGGCGCUCUCCAUUCCCAUCCGGCUCAACUGGGACGGCCUGCUGCUGCCCCCCAGCCACGACCCCCUGAAGGCCGCGGGGAUCCUGCCCCCCCCGGCGCUGGCGCCGUCGACGGUGCGGAAAGAAGGCGUCACCCUCGUCGCCUGCUUGGGGCUCCUCGUCGGCGUCCUCUACCUCUCGCUCUCCUUCCACGCCUGUCGGGAGGAGCAGGGCGCCUGCCAGCCGUCCCCGUUCCUCUCUCCCCUCUCCCGGUUGCAGGACAGCCGGUUGAAGAACCUCCACUACGUGCUCUCCGUCUGCGCCCUGGCCCUGUGGACGUAUCUGCUGCGCCGCUUCCUCCGCCACUACGGCAACCUCAACGCCGCCAGCGGCACGGUGUUCGCGGCCCGCCAGGUCCUCCCGCUGCUGUCCGUGUGCCUGGCGCUCUCCUGGGCCGUCGGCGCCACUCCCGAGGACAGCUUCAGGAACCUGGCCCAGCUGAUCGUCCUGGCCCAGCUGGUCCUCCCCCGGGCCGCCUUCUGCCUCGUGGCGCUGGGGUCGUGCCUGAUCUGGCUCGACCCGCUCACCGUGUUCACCAAGACCAGGGCGGCGGCGUCGACCCGCGGCCCGCCGGCGCCGCCGUGCUACCGAGCCAGCACGGGCAUCAGCCCCGAGGCCGAGCUGCACCACCUCAUCCCGCAGAUCUACCAGCGCAUGCGGCGCUCCCUGGACGACGGGGAGCUGAGCCGAGGCGCCGAGGAGGCCGGCCGGCCCGCCGUGGAGGCCUACGGGCUGGGCACGGUCUACACCGCCCCGCUGCUGCUGUUCUGCGGGCUGCUGGGCGUCGGCCUGCUGCUGCUGCACCCGGAGGGCAUGGCGCUGUCUUUCCUCCUGCUGCUGCUGGAGAUGGGCGCCCUGCUGCACAUUCACGCCUCCUCCACCACCCUCAGCGGCCCGCGCGCGGCGUGCGCCGGUGGCUUCAACGUGCCCUGGACGACAGUGGUGCUGUGGUCACUGGCCGCCACGCAGUUCUUCCACGCCACGGGUCACCUCCCCACCUUUCCCUCCAUCCAGUGGGGCGCCGCCUUCGUGGGAUUCCCCGACGGACACACGGGCACCGUGCUGCCCGCCUGCCUCGUCGCCCUCAACACUUUUGCCUCGCACAUCUUGUUCUCAGUGGCUUGCCCGCUGCUGCUCUUCUGGCCCCUGGUGUGUGAGGUGCGCGGGGGCCGGGCCGGAAGAGCCGGCGGGGAGGAUGGGGAGGACGCCGUGAUGGAGAUGAGGCUGCGGGAGAACCCCCGGCACUUCAGCUCGGCCCUCCUGCAGCUGUCGACGCGCUACCUCUUCAUUCUCGGAGCACAGGUCUUUGCGUCAGUCUGUGCCGCCGCCAUCCUCAGGAGGCACCUCAUGGUGUGGAAGGUCUUCGCGCCCAAGUUAAUGUUCGAGGCCUCGGGGUUCCUGGUGAGCAGCGCGUCUCUGCUGAUCGGGGUCACAUUAGUGCUGCGAGUGGACGUGGCCGUGGGCCGCUGGUUUAAGAGACUCAUCCCCGAUGCAUCCAGGUAGCAGCGGCUGCUGCUGCUGCUUUACCACGGAAGCCCACCAGAGGUCACUGUGUCACAGAGGAAACGGACAUGGCGGUGUCACUGUACGGUUUUUCUUUUCUUUUUUAACAUGGAUCCUUCACAACAAAACAUUGCCAUCCGUGUCUAGCGCAAGGAACCCGCGUCGCUCCCUUUUUUUCGAGGGCUGCGUCGAGCAUUACCGACCGCCUCGCCUUCAGCCAGAGAGACUCGAGGAAGAUCAAACGAUGGACUGACCGAUGGAAGACGACAAGCUUGUAGACCCGCCUCGCCCCGCCCCAGCUCGUGAGGUUGAAGGCCUACACACGCGGUCCGAGAAGGAACGGCAGUUUCUGAAUGUUUCUCUCCUGAACUCCGGUCCUCGUAACUUAGAGCGUGGACGGAACCUUCCGAGGACGGACGGCUUGCAAGCGUGUCACAUUGCAGCAGCCCCAAAAAAAUAGGGCUCUACUAAAUGCAUGCGGAAAGCCGUUUACACUCGAUACAUACAGCAGCGACAGCGGUUGCAUAACAAAUUGGUCUGUUACAAGUUGAAUAUUAUUAAGAGAGAAAAAAGAAAUGUAAUAAAGGGAAAUAAAUGACCAAUUUAGUUUUAACAACCAAAGCCAAUUUGCCACCCGAUGUCUGGAGCUGCUUCGUGAUAAAUUUGCAAGCAGAUCUGAGCCAUUUGGUGGAAUCCAUCCCAAGUGCUGGAGGAACGUUUUGUAUUUUCAGGAUUUGUUGAAAUAACCAGCAGAUCUGGUUACUGCCAAUUCACAUAGUAUUAACGUGAACCUUUUGUUUUUUCCUCUCCAGAAUUCUUGAUCUGUUCUGAUUUUAAAUUUACAAUUCAGAUUAUUUAAUAACUACUGAUGCACUUGGGGGAGAAAAACCCCUCAAAUUUAACUUUUGUCUUAACGAGGCGUCGUACAUCUUUUCUCUGGAAUAGGUGCAUUCACCCCCCCCUCCCCUCUCCACCUUCUGUAUGAUGUCAUUACAUUAAAUCCAGCACUUGCCGACAGUUGAUUUUAUAUUUCUUGCAGGAGGUCCGAGUCUAAAGUGAGAUCUGUUACUGCCGUGCAGCUCGAGCUCAUUGGCUAACGCUGGAUGUUGAAUCGGCUGCAAAGCAAUAUGCACCGCUGGUCGUCCGGGCUUCGGAGCGACGCUUCGGCGAGGUUGCGUGAUGAUGGGGCACUUUUUAUUUUUUCCUGUUCUAAAAUGUUUAAUAUAUCACUAUUUGAUGAAUUAGGGUUUUUUUUUUUUUUUUUCAUUCUGUAAAUUUUUUUUAAUGUAAUACAACUUUUUUUACAUGUGACGUCUUGGCCUCGCUAUGAUUUUUAGAUCAAUCUUCAGAUUUGCCCUUUUUGCGAUUUCUGGUGCGUUUCCCGUUUCAACUUUUAUGGAUGGUUUGCAGCACAGACUAUUCAUACGCUGCUCAGAAGUGGUAUUUAAUGUUUCGCUUUUAUCGAUCCGGGGUCUUGAUGGAGGAGACGGCUGCUGCCAGGAGUUUUUACUGCCCAUCAGUCACGGAGCUUUAUUCAUUAUUCACCGGGGCUCUUCCACAUUCCCGCUUCCCAUAAGUCGUGAAGUCGUCAAACCGCUCACUUCUACGAGUGGUCAAAGGUCAGGUGAUAUAAUAGUGUAGCUUUUCAAGUCCAAACAACAUGGAACAUGGUGGUGAGUCAUGAGUCAAUAAAUGUUUCCUGAGUCAAUAUUCAGUGUCUUUAUACCGUAUAGAGAGCUGCAGGAGUGAGUCCUAAAACUAAGAAAUGAGUCAGCAUUUUUGCACUUUAGGUUUACCUCAAAUAGAAGUUAAUAGUUUUGGUGUUCGAUCCUCAAUGUAAGCUUCAGAUAUUUAUAGUUUUGUCAUACAUCAGUAGAUGCCCCUCUUGAACUUUCAUGUAUUAAAUAAAGGUGUUUGCUAAC